GCUGCCACCACCGCGGGAGAGAGACGAGACAAACCUGCGCGGGUCUCAGGAGGGAGUCCUGUCGCCGGGUCACCUGCUCCCGUCCGGUGGAGGCCAGGGUCAGGGCACGCGGCGAUGUGAGCCAUGAGCGCGACGUGGACGCUGUCCCCGGAGCCGCUGCCGUCUUCGACGGGGCCCCCGGUGGGCGCGGGCCUGGACGCCGAGCAGCGCACAGUGUUCGCCUUCGUGCUGUGCCUGCUCGUGGUGCUGGUGCUGCUGAUGGUGCGCUGCGUGCGCAUCCUGCUCGACCCCUACAGCCGUAUGCCCGCCUCGUCCUGGACUGACCACAAGGAGGCGCUCGAGCGCGGGCAGUUCGACUACGCGUUGGUGUGAGGGUCGCCGCGGCCCCUCCCCGGAGACCCCGAGGAGGGUCGGCCUGGCGGGGUCGCCGCCAGCCUGGAGUGUGCUCAGGAUCCCGCUCAGAGCCCCUAGCCCCGGGCUGGGGGGGGGGGGCGCAGGACAGGCCUAGCUCCACCCCCUGGCCCCGCCCAUAUCCCCCCUCCUGGCAAGGGCAAGGGCAGAUGCCCCCCACCUGAUGCCUUUUAUCUGCCCUCUCCCUUCCUCCCAGCAUCCUGACCAACCAGCUGGUCCCCUGAAAUCCACCAGAAAUGUCCUAUCAUGAGAGUGAGAACCCUCUUAUUCCCUCCCUCCCUAUCCCGCGCCCACCCUAUCUUCAAGAAGAUUGAGUAUUGAGGCCCCUCCUUGAGCUACGGCCCUGCGGGCAGGCUCACUCCAACCUUGUGGGGUGAACACCGCCUACCAGUAAUGCCCAGCACAUACUGACCCCCCCCGAAGACAGACCUGAACGUCCACCAUGGUUGCUGAGUCCUGGAUGUGUGGCACCUUGCAUAGAGGAAGAGCGUGGGUUGGACUCACUCCCACCCCCACCUCACCCCAGACCCCAGCACAGAUCAGCACCCCGCUCUCUUGCCCACCUCUACACCCAACCCCAGCUGUCUUUCUGCCACCUCUCCCUGCCCUUCGGUGCCACACCCCACGCUCCCCUUUCCCAUGUCUUUUCACCUCUCCCUGCCUCUG